CUUUCUGUAACACACAGCGAUGAGGGCGAUAUAGCUCCCCCCCCCCCUGUAGCGGCUGAAUCUCUCCGGCAUCAGUGUGAGCAACAGAGAGGGAUGGAGAGUGAGCGAGCGAGUGAGAGAGUGAGAGAGAGAGAGAACAGUGCCUUGGAAGAGUGAGGUAGCGAUAAGGAGGUAGGUGGACCGCAGAUCAGACCUGUCAGAUGUGAUUGCGCACCCAAGUGCAACCCCGCAUGUGAGUGUGUGUGUGUGUGUGUGUGUUUUUAUAUUUCCCAAAGACAACCUACCUCCUCAGCCCCCUCCUCACUCAUGACAACACACACCAUCACUGCCCAAACACACACACUCACACAUUCCUCGAGGAAUCCUUUAUUUCUUUAUUUGGGCUCUGUGCAUUGGAUGCUCUUGCUCCCUCCUCCUCCCUCCACUUCUUCUUCUUCUUCUUCUUCUUCUUCUCCUCCUCCUCCGUGUCCUGCUCUUCUCUCCUCCUCCUCCUCCCUCCUCCUCCUCUACCCUUUUUGCCGCUCUCACAGCCUAGUUUUCUUCUUUUUUUUCUCCCUCUUCAAUCUCGUGUGCGCAGGUUGUAUCUGACGGAGGGACCGGUUGCCGCGCUCUCCCCAUCCCCGCGCCUUCUCCUUCAACAACAACAACUAGUUCUUCAGGACCUGUGGCAGCAGCAGCGAGUCAAGUGACCCAGCUUCAGCCCGACCGGCUUUACCUGUACAUGGAGACCCCCAGCUGGGCAGGAAACACGUUGUGUAAGUCAGGAAGCAUUGCCGUCUUCGGGAACGUGGUGUACAGCGGACUGCUGAACGACCACCUCUGGCAUUUGGGAGUGCCCCUCUUUACAAGACUGGGUAACCAAGAGGCCACCAACCCCCCAGAAGCGAUGGCCCAGCCGUACACCCCAGCCCAGUACCCUCCCCCACCACAGAACGGCAUCCCCGCCGAGUUCGCGGCGCCGCACGCCCUCCCGACACAGGACUACACCGGGCAGAGCCGGGUCCCCGAGCACGCCAUGACCCUCUACACGCCCACGCAGACGCACAGCGAGCCGGCCGGCACCGACAACAGCACGCCCGCCAUCACCGCCACCACGACCGCACCGGUCAGUGUCCUCCAUCACCUGCAAACACUGUUCCCAACACGCUGUCAGCAAACAGAUGAUGUGACGCAAACAGAGGGCUCUCAGCAGCUCCAGCUCCAGCACUCAGACUCUUCAGAGAAGCAGCAGCCCAAAAGGUUACAUGUCUCCAACAUUCCCUUCCGCUUCCGGGACCCCGACCUAAGGCAAAUGUUUGGGCAAUUUGGAAAGAUUUUAGAUGUGGAGAUUAUCUUUAAUGAGCGAGGAUCCAAGGGCUUUGGGUUUGUAACUUUUGAAACAAGCACAGAUGCCGAUCGUGCACGGGAGAAACUAAACGGUACAAUCGUAGAGGGACGCAAAAUAGAGGUGAACAAUGCAACAGCACGGGUGAUGACAAACAAAAAGGUGGCCAACCCUUACACGAACGGCUGGAAGCUGAAUCCAGUGGUAGGAGCUGUCUAUGGUCCUGAACUGUAUGCCGUAACAGGGUUUCCCUACCCUGCCACAGGCGCUACGGUUGCCUAUAGGGGUGCCCACUUGCGAGGUCGGGGACGGGCUGUGUACAACACGUUCCGCACGGCUCCACCGCCGCCACCCAUCCCAGCUUACGGAGCGGUGGUGUACCAAGAUGGCUUCUACGGUGCAGAGAUCUAUGGCGGCUAUGCAGCAUACAGAUUUGCCCAGCCCACCACCACCGCUGCUUACAGUGACAGCUAUGGCAGAGUCUAUGCAACAGCAGACCCCUACCACCACACGAUUGGCCCUGCAGCCACAUACAGUGUGGGGACUAUGUAAAUACAAAAGGAAGAGCUGUACUCAGUAUUGAUGGACAUCACAGAUGAAAACAACGAAGGGAGGAGAACUAGCUUUAAGAAAAUAACACAAGAAGAAGACGAAGAAGGAGUCCCUCUACUGAGGCUGGCGAGGGAAUGACGGGAAGGCGUACAAAGUGGCGCCGCCGCAGCGGUGUCAAAAACCAGCCACAAACUUGACAGACGGAGUGAGCCAGUUUCCACCAGGGACCACCUUUUUGUUGGGUAGAAAAAGACAGAGAGAGAAUGAAAAGUGUCCCGUUAUUAUAAAACAUUUUAUUUUUCUAUACUUUUGUGAUUUACAAUGGUAAAAAGUGUGUAUAAAGCAGUAUAUAUGUACAAAUCUGUUUUUAUGUUUUUUGGUAAGGGGAGAUGAACAGUUGGCCCUUGAUGCUGAUUCUGUGGUAUGCAGGAAGGAGGAGGGAGAAUCCCCCCCUUCUCUCUCUAUGGCACACUGCUCUGUCGCCUAAGGUUGUGUAUAAAAAAAAUAAAAAAAACAUGAACAGAAAAGGUGGCAAGGAGAGCUCGGCAUCCAGGCAGACGCACUUUCUACGCUGUACUUCCUGUGGGUGGAGUCAAAGGUCAGCCUCCUGGUCUCACUGCUCCGCCUUCUUCCUUCCAACCUCCCCGUGACCUCCUUCCUGACUUAACUUCCUUCCUUUUUCUGGGCCGGUGAUGUCGCACCUUCCCCCUUCCUCGUUGCGGUGUCACUGACCGGCAGCGCCUACUGUUAGCAGCGUCCCUUGUGGAUACUGUCGUGAUGUCACUUUCUCCUGGCAGCACCAUUGGGCAUCCCCGCCCUCCCCAAUGGGCAGCGUCAUUGGUUUACAGCAUUGGGGAGUUUGGGGGGGGUGAGCCACGGCGGGACGGUGAGACGGUAUACAGCCGAGCACUCCCCGGUCUGCCCCUCUCCACGCCCCAGCAGAGGUCAAAGACUACGGACUAGUUAAGAGAGAAAAACGGUCGCAGAGGUCGCCGACUUUCCUCACCUGCCAGACUCCGAGCCCAAGCCUUUGUGUCACUCUGCACCGACGGACAAAAACGUUCAGAUCGACGUGAAAAACAAGGUGCGUACAACUUACCAAGGAUGCACGUUUCCACCCUGACGAGAAUAACUCAUCGACGUCCAUGUAACAAAUUGAAAUAUACUCGAAUUAUCCCAUUGUACUACAUCAGCAGGUGCAUAACCAAAACACAAGCCUGAGGCAUAAAUAGACUAUGUCGCUAGAUAAAACAUUAUAGAAAUACAGUAGUGCCCAUCCAACGGUAACAAGGAACGAGGGCUGAAAUAUGUCGAAUUCUUUUGUCAAUGUAUUCUGAGAAUAUUUAUUUGUGUGUUUUUAGUUUUUUGGGGUUUUUUUUGUUUUUUUUUGCAGCACUGAAAACUUUUAAAGAGGAAAAAAAAAUUUGGUGGAAGAGGAAAAAUUCUUUAUAUCAGGAGAGUCACUGUAAACGUGUUUUAAAAACGAGAAUGUUGGUUCAGUUCUUUGAAUGUACAUUAAUGUCUAGGGUGUCCAAUAAGUAUGUAUUCUUUUUUCUGUAUAUAAAUAUAUAUACAUAUCUAUUAUAUGGGCUGUGGUGAUGUCAGGGAGUAGAGAGGGGGUGGGCAGGAAGCCUCUGCCCCCCGAACAUAGAUAUCAGACCUCCCCCUCCCCACCCCCCUCCAACUAAAUAUGUCCCUGAUAUUUACUGUAACAUGUGAUCAUGUGUUAUAUGAUUGAAAGUGUGAUGGUGAUAGUGUGAACUGAUCUACCCCCCCCUCCCUUUCCCGCCAAAACCUCCUUCUUUACCACACAAACAAACACAGUUCUAGAUCUUUACCCCCCCCCCCCCCCCCCCCCCUCCCCCAUCAAAUGCAAAACUCCAUCCUCCUUUUCUUUUCUUUUUUUUUUUACCCCACAGACACUUCAGGAAAAGAAUCGGUAAUCCGGCCCUUCGUUGGCGCUGGGGAGACUUUGCUAAUUAGUGCUAGGUGUUGUGGGCGUCAGAUAAAAAGUUUAUGAAUAUUGAUUUUAUUUUUUUUCUCACUUGAACCAAAGUAUGAUUUGAAACACACAGUCUCAGCGCUCUUUGAUCAGGAGACAGCGAGACUCUGUGAUGACGGCGGAGCCCCGGAUGUGUAUUGACGUGACCCAGAUUUCAUUCGCUCAUCACCGCAGAGGAGGAAGAGCUCGCUGUUCUAAUCUAACGAGCCCACCCCCCCCCCCCCCUCCCUCCCCCUCCCCCGUACUGAUGAGGCCGAGCUUCCUGCAGCAGCCUCGCUUUAUGAACCGCUGUUUCUCAUGCUGACCCUGGUGGGCGGGCGGUUUUAUUGCAUAUUGGGGAAGGAGAAAAAAAAAAAAACCUGCUGGCCCUGAAAAGAAACUUUUCUUUUUUCAUGAGGAGGCGAGCAGGUUCAGGUGAAGCACAACUUUGUUUGAGAGUUCAGGGUACACUACUGAGCUGGUAGUGUUUUUUUUUUUGUGUGAAAUUGCUCCAAGAGGGAAACACUCGGUUUAAGCUCCUGACUUCCUGUACAAAAACUGCAGUGUGUACUGUUAAUAUGCUGUACAGUAAAUCUCACCUCACACUUCUUGAGUAACUUCAUCUUAUUUCAGGUUAUAUAUAAAAAAAAAAAAAAACUUGUUCUGAAUCAGGGCUCCUACCCACGCGACCUCUGUUCAUCUGUAGACAGCUUCUCAUAUAUUACAAAGAGUAUCUAUAUCAUGGCAACUAACUGUUGUGAAGUCUAAUUGGGGUAAAGUCGGUCAUUUGUUCUCCCAUGCUGCGAUCAUGUGCAGGCUUAGCAUUUCUUUUUUUUUUUUUUUUUAUAUAUACCUGUAGGUUUGUUUCUGAGAGUCACAUGAUUCACCUGGCCUACUUACAGACUCGUGGUGGGUCAGAAACGACUCGGGAGCAGGUUGGAGUUUUUUUUUACUCUUGACGGGGGAACUCGCUGGGAGGCGGAGCCGCUCUGGAGGCAAAAAAAAAAUCAGCUUAGCGGUCGAGUUAAUUGACAGAGAUGAAGAACCACAGUUUUAAUUUUGAGCUUUCUUCUGGGCUAACGAGCUUUAAGGUUUGGUUACACGCUCUGAUUUCAUCCACUGAACAAUCUAUGCACUUCACAACCAAAACUGAUAUGAUGUCACACGUGCUAGGCAACUGUUAUCUCUUCGUUUUUAAUAGGUUUGUAGUUUGUUUAAUCUUAGGCAAUAAGGUUGAAAUCACUCCUUCUUUUUGUCAACUUAACCCAUGAAAAGACUUUAACAAUGUGUUAGCCUAUCUAUUUAUGACUUCCCUUUUAUGACUCCAAAGCAGCUUACAAAUAUAUUCAUUUAUGGAUUUUAAAAAAUGAAGUACUUUCUUUAAGUUGGGUUCUGUAGUUUUUUGUUUUUUUUACAAACUGAUUUAAAACUAAAUGAAACGGCGCAUUAGUUUGGGACUAUUUCCAGCGGCGGAUUAAUCCUCAUUUGGUGCUCAGUUGAGAAAUUGACCUUUGGAGGGCUAAACCUGUGAUAUAACGAUGGCCACACCUCCAUUACACAAAUCAACCAUUAAUACGUUUUCCUCCAAUACUUUACUCACUUUUUAAAAGGAUACAAUCUCUCUUAUUUUAAUGUUUGACACUAUGAAUAAAAUAGUGCAAAAGAGGGGAAUGGGUCAAUCAAAACUUUCAGGCAAACUCCUGCACACUGUCUGAAAUGUACAAAUAAGUUGGCAAUGUUUUAGUAAGGCUUCCUAUUGAAACUUCUGUACGAACUUUCUUAUAUGGCUUAGGAACGAAAAUUCAGUAUAAAACUUUCUAUUCUCUAAAAACGUUGAGUCAGAGAAGAAUUAGUUUAUCCUUAAUUGCAAUGCAAACCAUAAAUCCCAAUGGCGCCAAUGUUAUUUGUGCAGGUUAGACAGUGUGCAGGAGUUACUCAAUGACAGGAGACAAGACAUUAGUCAAUACUGGCUGCCUGUAGGAUAAAAACAGGUAUCAAUACAGUUUUCUUUUGGUAGAUUAUCUAAGUUUUAAAUUCACAUAUUUCUUCAGUACAAAUGUGUAGGUUUGAUUACAUGUGGCCUCCAGUCCGUAGGCGCUAAUUUAGGAACACUGUGGGGUUGUAAUCGAGGAUCGCCGGGGUCGGAGAAGUAGUUGCAGAAAAACAAAGAUGCUUCAGUGAGGCAUGGGUAGUGUCCCUUUGCAAAGCCUCAUGGGAUCUGGAGUUUAAUGAUGAUACAAAAACAUUCACUUCUUAUAACACCUUGCUUUCUGUUUGUCUUGCUUUAGUAGCUGUUAGCAUCGGUGGUCAGACAUGAAUUCCAGAUUUCUUUGUCGUUUUUUUUUUUUUUUGUUUUUCCUCAUUUCAAUUUGUCCAGGUAGUUUUAAUUUAAUCAAACUGUGGUUGUUUGUCUCUGCUCUGACGCCAGCGAGUUUAUUUCUGCUACCAGAGAAGUUCUGCCUUCACAGAAACCGUCUGAACCUCCAGCCCGCUCCUCAGCAGUAUAGGGAUGGAAUGGGGAGGGGGGAUUGGGUUUACAGCGACCCUCCACCCCUGCCCUCCUUCCUUUAGUUGCCUUCAGUGUAACAAACUGGUCCUGAUCUUCCUGAGCACAACUGCUUGAGCUGUGACACUCGCAGGAUGUCGCCCCUCUGAGAGUCCACCCCCCCCCCCCCCCCCCCCCUCCUCCCCCGCCUCCCUCUCCUCCCUCCAUCCCAACCCCCCCUUUCCUUCCCCCCUCUUUACCUUCCAGUAUGUGAGUCGACCGGCCCCUUUUGUACUCCUGUUGUUCUGUACAUAAAAUCCCAACCCACCCCACCCCGACCUUCACCCUCACCCCUCCUCCUCCUCCUCCUCCCCCCCUUAGCCGUCCUUCCAGGGGGGAAAAAGAAAAAAAAAACAUCCUCCGACUCCCCCGAAAAAUCUUGUAUUUUGUUCUAAUAAUGACAAAAUUUAUUUAUAAGGACUUUUUAAAAAAAUCUAUCUCUUUCUCCUUUUUGUAAAUGUUCCAGUAAAAUAAAGUUUAAAAAUGUGAAAAAAUUUAAUGGAUAUAUUGAAAGGUUAAAAAAAUGUCUCUAGAAGUCCCCGCCCCCCCUCCUCUGGCUCUGUACUCUGAACUUUGUGUUUUUGUUUUUUCUCUUUCUGUAUGCUUCUCUUUACGUGCUUCAGAUGAAGAGUUCUAUUUAUUAUGACAUUAACGUUAUUAUAAUUAUGACUAAUUAUUAAUAUUAUCAUCAUCCUCAUCAUCCUCAUUAUUAUCAUUAAUAAACUUGUCUACUUCA